GAGAUCAAUUUGCGUAAACAGUAGUGCGUGGUAUUUAAAAGAAAUUAUUUUCCCCACCGAAACACAAUGUACUCGUUGAGUUCACAGAAAAAGUUUUGGACGUUCAAAACGGAACAGGAACUGACCGAAUUGCGAGUGAAGCAAAACCAUGCCUUCGUCACCAAGCAUGGGGCGGGCAUGACGGACGAACAAAAGCAGGCGCAUUUUCUCACGGCCGACGAAGAACGGUUACUUUUGAAGCAGUACGAACUGCAGCUGAAGGAGUUCUGCAAACGAUUUGAACCGCCGAUGCCAAAGUACGUGGUAGGGACAGCAUUUCACUACUUCAAACGUUUUUAUCUCAACAACUCGUCGAUGGACUAUCAUCCGAAAGAGAUACUGGCAACAUGCGUUUAUCUGUCGUGUAAAGUGGAAGAAUUCAAUGUGUCCAUCGCUCAGUUUGUGGCAAACAUCAAAGGGGAUCGUGUGAAGGCAAUGGAUAUCAUUCUCUCGAAUGAACUGCUGUUGAUGCAAGAGCUCAACUAUUAUCUUACCAUACACAAUCCUAUGCGCCCUAUAGAGGGUUUCUUGAUAGAUAUCAAGACUCGUUGUAAUAUGAACAAUCCGGAUCGCCUAAGGCCAGGGAUUGAAGAUUUUAUCGACAAAACGUUUCUGACCGAUGCUCCACUGAUGUACGCUCCGUCGCAAAUUGCACUGGCAGCGGUGUUGCAUGCGGCCAGCAAGGAGCAGGAAAAUCUCGACAGUUACGUUACAGAGUCCCUCUUCGGUGCGGCAAAAGACAAACUUCCCGUUCUGAUUGAAGCCGUCCGCAGAGUGCGCUCCAUGGUGAGGACCAUUGAGCUGCCCCAGAAAGAGAGGGUACGCUUUCUCGAGAAGAAGCUGGAAAAAUGCCGCAACCAAGAGAACAACCCCGAUAGUCAGAUAUACAAACAACGAAUGAAGAAAAUGUACGAGGACGAAGAUGAUCUGGAUGUAAUGGGCUCGUCGUACCACAUGAAUAUUUCGGAUGCCAGCUUGGAUGCGUCACAACUAAACACCACCAAUCCAGCCAACAUGACCUUGGACUAAGUCCUUCCGAGUCCUACGCAACCAAUGUUGAUGUUGGCUGAAAUUAUAAGGAAAGCAGUAU